AUAUGAAGCCCAACAUGGCAACAAAUCACACAACAAAAGGAAGUGAGGCUCGUAACGUUACGCACUGAAUAUUUAUGUUUUAUAUAACCUCUAGAAAUAACAAAGAAAUACCUCCUACUUUGGCUCUUUGGCUCAAAAGAAGAGUUUAAGCCGUCUCAACAAAGAUGGAGUGAUAAGGCAGAAAGAUAGGUUUGAACCCACACAAGUUGUUGAGCCCUUCCCGGGGCCCUUUUGGGCCCAGGAAGAGGAUGCAUCGUGGUGGGGAUAAGGACUUCCAGAUAUCAGCACGAAAGAUGGGCACAUCCUUGCUUUUCCAGCUGUCAGCUCAUGAAAGAGAGCUGGAUUUGGUAUUUCUGGACCACAGCUAUGCCAAGCCAUGGAAUGCUCACCCAGACGCCAGCAGUGCCCGGCCCACAAGGACACUGUUUGUUACUCCUCGUCGCCAGCCUGAACCCUUGUCAGACUCUGACUCUGUGUUAGACGUGGAGACCGUCACACCAACACCUGUUCCUCUGUAUGAUAAUCAGAAAGCUCUUAGUGUGAUGAAGGAGUGUGAGCGACAUGUUCUGUUCGCUCGCACAGUUGCUGAGAGCCCUCCACCCCCUGAUGACUGGGAGGAACACGUAAACAAGACUGGAUGGUCAGUGGCCCAGAACAAACUGUUCAAUAAAGUUCUCAAAGCUCUGCAAGCUGAAAGAUUAGCUCGGCUGGCCAAUGAAAAUGCUUCCAACGAGCCAAUUUUGCGGAGAAUAGCUGUGGACAAGUGUGCCAGGAAGGUGCGGCAUGCAUUAGCCAGUGUGAACUGGGACACCAAACUGACGCAGUGGUUACACACCACCAUGAUUGAAUCCUUAAGCCUCGCUAUGCUUGCUGCGUACCUGGAUGUGCUGCAGACUCUUAAAAGCAAGUUGCCGUUGCUGAUCGACAGAAUGUUGCUGACAACAACAAAGACUGGCGCUCCAAGUGCAGAGGCCCUGUCACUGCUACUGAAGCGGCCCUGGGACCCAGCUGUUGGAGUUUUGUCUCAAAACAAACCGAGCAAGCUUCCUGGAUCUCCACUCAUCCUAAUCGCACCAUCAAGCCCGACCAAUCCUGCCCUCUCUACCUCGCGGCGAAUGAGAUUCUGGCAGUCGCAGCUCUCCUGUUUGGGAAAGGUCAUCCCAGUGCACACUCACGUGAACAGCGGAGCCAAUAUUGGCAUCACACAGUGCUUGGAACACAUGUUGGGCACUGUCAGGGCCAAGGUCAUGGAGGUUCACAGUCACUUUCCCCACAAACCCAUUAUCCUGGUUGGCUGGAACGCUGGUGCUCUCAUCGCUUGUCACGUAUCCCUAAUGGAGUAUCUGACCGCUGUGGUGUGUCUUGGCUUCCCCCUGCUAACAGUCAACGGGCCAAGAGGGGAUGUGGAUGACCCGCUGCUGGACAUGAAGACCCCCGUGUUGUUUGUGGUUGGCCAGAAUGCUCUGCAGUGUAGCAUAGAAGGCAUGGAGGAGUUCAGAGAGAAGCUGAGGGCAGACAACAGCAUGGUGGUGGUGGGAGGAUCAGAUGACAACCUCAGAAUCAAUUCAGCAAAGAUGAAAUCAGAGGGACUGACACAGACCAUGGUGGACCGCUGCAUUCAGGAUGAGAUAGCUGACUUCUUGUCAGGUGUCCUCACACGGGCAGAGGGACACGGCCAUGGCUCGGGGGAGAUGAGGGACAUGGACACAGAGAAGAAGAAAAGGCCUCGUCGGGAGCUUCCCUUUGACAUGGAGAGAGGACGACCUUCCUCCCCUGCGCUUAGAGUUCCCAUCUCACCAUCAGGUUCAGAGGAUCUGUCUAGUGUCUGCAGCAGUCCCACUUCAAGUCCCAAACCCAAGACGUCUGGUCUGUCUCCAGCACAGAAGUCCAGUCUGAUCACGGCCACGCAGCUCCUCAAGACACACAUGCAGCGCUCUGGCACAGUGCUCACUCACAAGCAGGCUCAAGCUCAGUUUGCUGCUUUUAUGAAACAAAACAUGCUUGUGAGGAAAAAUCUUCCUCCUGGCACUCCUCCUUGUAUCUUUGUGCCAGUGACCAGUGAUCAGAUGGAAGGCCUGGACAGAGAUGAACUGAGGUCCCAUGGCAAGAGGAGGCAGACGCCGAGUCCCACGCCAAGCAAAGCUUCCAAGAGAGCCAAGAUCAAGGUCACCAUUGUUUCCCAGAGCGAGUCAGCAGGGGGCACCAUCAGCCCUGCUGCACAGGAAGUGGGUGUCUCUGGGAAGCCCUUAACUGUAACAGUGGGACAGACUGUGGCUGGUGCCAAGGAGCUCUCUGGACUUCUCACAGGCCAGCGGUCUGGUAGUCUCUCAGAGGUAUCUGGUGCCCUGUCCCCAGGCUCCAGCUCAUUCAACAGCGUGCAGCCUUGCAUGGUGUCAGGGUCCUCCACACCAGUCCAGGCGCAAGCUCCGGCUACUGCCCAAGCAGCUUCCGCCAGCAGUCUGCUACAAGGCCUAAGUUUCAGUCUUCAGGAGAUCGUCACCAAAGCUCCUAGCUUGCCCACCACAGCAGCCAACACAGGCAGCACCCAGGCAGUCUGUGGCAAGCCCCAGGGUCAGGUCCUGAGCUCCGUCGGCACCAGCAGCAGCACUCUGCUCCGGGCGUUGCCUGUGGUCACCACAGGAGGAGUGGCUAAAACCACCGCCAUCCACCAGCUGCUCACUAAUGGCGGGCUGGCCAAACUUGCCAGCAGUUUGCCCGGCUUGGCACACAUCACCAAUCAGACCGCUGGUAUGUCUCGAACUGCCAAAACACGUCGGCCACGUUGAAUGCUCAGAGUUCAUUCAUCCUUUGUUUUGGAAACACUAGUUCAGGACGUCUGUAGGCCAGGGAGGAUCGCCACAGUAGAGGACUGUGGAGGACAGCUUUGUCGUCGUGUGUGUAGAUAGUUUGCCUUGAAGAGCCUGACUGAUAUAAGAUGUGCAGAGUCAUGUGCGCAGCAGAUAUAGAGCAUCUGAGGACAGAUCAGUGGCGUACAACAUGUUUUGUUUUCAUGUUAAAGAGCCAUAUGGGAAAUUCAAGGUCAAAAUUUGGAGUUCCCAGCUUAUGUUUGACACAUAAUGUUUAUGUGGAAAUGGAUGCAAAUGUAAAAUAAAUAUUAAUGUAUGAAACCAUUUGAUGCAGACGAAUUGUGAAUUAUGUGCAAACCAAUGUGGGUAUGGUUGACCAAAUUCAGAAGUUCAAUCCAGACUGCUUUGUAUGUCAGAUGUGUUUGUUAGAGCUGUCAUUUCAUGUUUGUGUUGAUUUUGUUUGCCUCUCCAUGUGGUAACAUUUUGUAAACCUUUCCAUUAAGUCACCUGCUUAUAAUACCCAUAUGUAUGAAUGCUGACCACCGACAGAGACGUGUUGAACAGCAAUAACGUUAGCACACGGCAUUACCCGAACUCUGUUCCUGUUGUUACAAUAAAGACUGGAAUCAAACUCA